CGGUACUUUAAAUUAUGCGUCUUCAAAUAAACCGGCCCAUCUCCAAUCGCAGUCCCCCAAACGGGUCUAAAUUUGCGUUUUUUUUUAUUUUAUUAAAAUCGCUCGUUUGGCCUGCGAAAUCUAAUUGAUCUCUCUGCUUUGCUUGAUUUGGAGUCUUGUAAGUGAGGCGGAGAACAUGGGGCUACUCAGUAUCAUUCGGAAAAUUAAGAGGAAAGAGAAGGAAAUGCGUAUACUCAUGGUUGGACUUGAUAAUUCUGGGAAGACUACGAUUGUGUUGAAGAUCAACGGGGAGGACACCAGCGUAAUCAGUCCCACACUGGGCUUCAACAUCAAGACCAUCACCUACCAAAAGUAUACUCUUAACAUAUGGGAUGUUGGGGGCCAAAAAACUAUAAGAUCUUACUGGAGAAACUACUUUGAGCAAACUGAUGGUUUGGUAUGGGUGGUUGAUAGUUCAGAUCUUAGACGGUUAGAUGACUGCAGAAUGGAACUGGAUAAUCUUUUGAAGGAAGAGAGGCUGUCAGGAGCAUCUUUGCUGAUACUAGCAAAUAAGCAGGACAUUAAAGGUGCCCUUGCCCCUGAGGAAAUUGCUAAAGUACUGAACUUGGAUGCCAUGGAUAAAACCCGGCACUGGAAAAUUGUGGGCUGCAGUGCAAUCACUGGUGAGGGGCUGCUUGAGGGAUUUGAUUGGUUGGUCCAGGACAUAGCCUCUCGAAUCUAUUUGCUUGACUAAUGCCUGAUUGAGUAAUUUUUCACUGUAAGACUAUUACUAUGGCACUUAUGGCAGCUGUAAUGGAAUUGUUCUUCGCAAAUUUUCUGUUCAAUGAGA